CUGAAAGGUGAUGAGACCUGUGCUCACGCUUUUACUCUGGAUCGGUUUUCUUUGGACAAUUAUGUCCGUCUGGACAGCGCAGCCUUGCGAGCACUUCACCUCCUACCGGGCCCUGACGACACAAAUCGUCAUCAAAGUGUAUACGGCGUGCUGAAUAGAUGUCGUACUCCUCAAGGCCAACGACUUCUAUCUCAAUGGAUUCGUCAGCCCUUAACGGAUGUAACGCAGAUAAGUAAGUUUUUUAUUUUGUUAUUCUUAUUUACACUUAAUCGUAGUAAUUACACUUAUAUAAAAAUGCAAUUUUCCUAG